CGUGCGUGCGUUAUUUAUAAUUAGAUUUAACCUCGCGCGGAUGCUAGCAUAACCGGCUAAUGGGCUAAACAGCUAGGCUAUAGUUAGGGGAAGUUAAUACCUCCGACUUUACCUUCUGUAUGAAGGCCUCCACAGCCGCAGGACGGGAGUGUGUGUUUGGAAACGAGCAGUUUGCCUCUGCGGUCGGACGCCGCACUGUUGUUGCACAUCAUCCAUAGCGAGCGGGUGAACGGCCGCGUCGUAGCCGAGGUCGGAGCGCACAGCGCGGAGGUGAAGAGCGGCCCGGCGGCGCGGCACACAGACCCACUCGGGGCCUUGUUCGUGCUCAAGCGAGCCGCGAUGCUAACAGCGCGUGUUAAAGAUUUCAGCAUGGCUGCACUUCUCUUCACUUCACUCCUCACCAGCAACCAGAACCCACAGAAUGUGCUCGAAACACGUGUGGAAGGACACUAUGACCUCACAUAUGAACUCUGCACCGGAAGAGGUUUCUACCACUGAAGUGUUCCAAAUCUAAACUGCUAAAUAUGAAGUGCACUACAAAGGGUCGUUCGAUUAUACCUAACGUAGUGUGCCUAUAUAGGGAGAAAGACUGCGUUUAGUACUCAGCUGACUUGACCUGACCGACUCACACACUCCUGUACAGUAGGUGGCGAUAUACAAUUAAAUAUUGUGAAACGCCCUUAAUCGAAAGAAGAAGAAGAAGUAGUACUCAGCUCAAUGAGAGGCGCUGUCUGAGUGGAAGCGUGUUUGUUUUCACUGUUUUUUUAAUAUAUAUAUAUAUAUAUAUAUAUAAUACGUAUUUUAUUUUUAUGUUGAUUAUUACAUUUGGUGGUCUGUUUGAGCAUCAUGCAGCUUUGUGUAGUGUGCAGCGAGCAAGUUCCUAAAUACAGAUGUCCUGUGUGUAGAAUCAGAUAUUGUUCUUUAGGGUGCUAUAAAAAACACAAAAAUGAUGACUCAUGCCAGCCAGUGAAAGAUACCACGCCUCCUGCACCAUCUCCAGAUUCCUGUCAGAGUGAGGCUGAACCCUGGACUGUUGACGACCUCCUGGAUGAGGACAGUCAGUCUGACAGAGUACCUCUGCAGAAACUUCAGCUAUUAGGUGAGUCUAAGGAUCUGAAAACUCUGCUGCUGAAUCCACAUCUGAGGAAUCUGCUGCGGACUGUUGAUUCAGCUGAGGAUAAAUCCAAAGCCAUGAAGGAAGCCAUGCAGGAGCCACUGUUUGUAGAGCUCGCCAAUCAGUGCUUACAGAUUAUUGAGCCAACAGAAAUACAAGAUGUUGAUGAUGAUGAUUAGUAAACAGAUUAAGAGCGUCCACUAAGGCUGGUGCUUGAGGAAGAAUAAGAUGUGUGUGUGUAUACAGAAUGCUUUCAGAUCUCUCAAGGAUUUUCAUGUCCUAAAAUAGGGAAUAUACUUCAUUCUAGACUUUGCUGGAUUACGAGAGUUUAAGAGUCGAGACUCACUUGCAAAUGCAGUUUAAUAGUAUUUGUUUAUAGUUUUUUUUUUGUUAAGUGUUCGAGUAUUCUUCAGUUAUGUACUGUAACCAAAAAAAAAUAAUUGUUAAAGACCAACACUGAGUUUAUAUAUUAAAAAAAAAAAGCCAAAAUUCCUGUAGUAAAGAACUGCUUGGUUAUAAAACACAUCUGAAACUAGCAUUUAGUCUUUAAAACACAAAAUAACUUGACAUUUUGGAUCAAAUUAUACCUUCUUUCUUCCAAAAAUCCAAUAUGCCCCCUCAAGUUUAUUAGCUUAUAGUUUUGAUAUAAGAACACGGAGAAAUAUUUUGGCCAAGUAAUGUCCAAAGAUUCUCCUGAACAUGACGAGCGUGAAUAUUACAAUGUCAAAUACUCAAAAUGGACCAGAUUUCCAACUUUAAUAUUGUAAACCCCCCCCCCCAAAAAGUCACUCUUUGGAUUUCAAUAAGCAAAUACUUAAGAGCCUUUGACUGGAUUAUUACUGCAGUGAUAAUGUUUCAGCUGGGAAAAAUUCUUUUAACCCUAAUUGAUGCAGUGAGUAGCUUCUCAUUUCUUAAACAUGCUGGAAGACGCAUCCCAUGCUCAUGGAAGUUACUGUGUUUCAGAAGGUCAAAUUAUUAGCCUGUACAGUUGUGUUCAAAAUAAUAGCAGUGUGUUUAAAAACGUGGCUAAAGCUUAAAAUCCUUAUAAUAGUUUUUAUUUCCAUGCAUUGGGAACACUGCACAUUAUAUUCUACAUCAAAACAUGAAGAAAAAUGUAUCAGUGUUUUAAUUACUUUACAGAAAAUGAAGAAAAAUGAAUUUUGGGCUGUUCAAAAAAUAGCAGUGUCUGCAUUUUUCAUUACAAACUCAAAUAUUGACUGUAUAAACUGAAAAAAAUCUUUAGGAUUUAGCAUUCCUGUGAAUCACUAAACUAAUAUUUAGUUGAAUAACCACGGUUUCUGAGAACUGCUUCACAUCUGUGUUGCAUGGAGUCGACCAACUUCUGGCACCUGUGAACAGGUAUUCCAGCCCAGGAUGAUUUGACAACAUUCCACAGUUCCUCUGCAUUUCUUGGUUUUGCCUCAGAAACAGCAUUUUUGAUGUCACCCCACAAGUUUUCUAUCGGAUUAAGGUCCGGGGAUUGGGCUGGCCACUCCAUGACUUUAAUUUUGUUGGUCUGGAGCCAAGAUGCUGCUCGCUUACUGGUGUGUUUGGGGUCGUUGUCUUGUUGAAACACCCAUUUCAAGGGCAUUUCGUCUUCAGCAUAAGGCAACAUGACCUCUUCAAGUAUUUUGAUAUAUGCAAACUGAUCCAUGAUCCCUGGUAUGCGAUAAAUAGGCCCGACACCAUAGUAAGAGAAACAUUCCCAUAUCAUGAUGCUUGCACCACCAUGCUUCACUGUCUUCAGAGUGUACUGUGGCUUGAAUUCACUGUCUGGGGGUCGUCUGAAAAACUGUCUGCGGCUCUUGGACCCAAAUAGAACAAUCUUACUUUCAUCAGUCCACAAAAUGUUUCUCCAUUUCUCUUUAGGCCAGUCGAUGUGUUCUUUGGCAAAUUGUAUCCUCUUCAGCACGUCUUUUUUUUAACAGUCGGACUUCGCGGGAGCUUCUUGCCGAUAGAUUAGCUUCACACAGGCAUCUUCUAAUUGUCACAGGUAACUUCAGACUGUCUUUCAUCACGCUGGAGCAGAUCAUUGGCUGAGUCUUUGCCAUUCUGGCUAUUCUUCGAUCCAUUCGAAUGGUAGUCUUCCAUUUUCUUUCACGUCUCUCUGGCUUUGCUGUCCAUUUUAAAGCAUUGGAGAUCAUUUUAGCCGAGCAGCCCAUCAUUUUCUGCACUUCUUUAUGCGUUUUCCCCUCUCCAAUCAACGUUUUAAUCAAAACACGCUGUUCUUCUGAACAAUGUCUGGAACGACCCAUGUUUCUCAGGUUUUCAGAGAGAAAUGGAUGUACAACAUGUGCUGGCUUCAUCUUUAAAAUUAGUGUCACCUGUUUUUUCACAGAAUGAAUGACCUCACUAAUUAACCUCCACACUGCUAUUAUUUUGAACACGCCCCUUUCACUUAUUCAAUUACACAGACUCAGGAGCAUGCAUAUCAUGAAUGUUGGGUCUGUUGGUUUUCUACGACUUUACUACACCUACUGGUAAAUUAUUUGCCAUGUAGUAAUAUAAUUUCUACCAAAAGCAGUGAUUGAUCUGGUUAGUCAUGUUGGACUGCUAUUAUUUUGAACACAACUGUAUCAUGCAAAAAAAAAAAAAUCUAUUAAGGAGAUUGCUGAAGUGACUGGAACUGGGUUAAGAACUGACCAGUGCAUUAUUAAAACCUGGAAGGAUGGUGGAGAACUGUCAACUUUGCAGGAGAAAUUUGGUUGGAAAAACAUCUUGACUGACCAUGAACACUUGAAGUCUAAUCGGCCAUGUUUAAUAGUGAAAGUAAGAGCAUUUCCAUGUGCAUAAUGCGACAAGAACUCACAGGAUUGGAACUAAACAGCUGUGUGGCCAGCAGAAAACCACUUGUUGGUGAAACUAAUCAGAAGAGAAGGCUUCAUUUUGCUCAGGAGCAUAAAGAUUGGACUCUGGAGCAAUGGAACAAGGUCAUGUGGACUGAUGAGUCCAGAUCGACCCUAUUCCUGAGUGAUGGUUGUGUCAGGGUAAGACAUGAAGCAAUGCAUCUAUCAUGCAUAGUGGCCACUGUACAAGCCUCUGGAGGCAGUGUUGCUCCAAUUGGUCAGGUUGAGGCUCAGCAACGUUAUGGGGCAAUAAAAUGAAGGUCAGCUGACAACCUGAUCAUUCAGGUCGUCAGCUAUCACCACAUCAAUGGAUUUUUUUUUUUUGCUUCCUUGGACAUAAAAUUAGGGUUUGAAUUAUGAAAGUGUGUUUCAGGGAGCGUGAAGAAUCAUUUUUCACACAUGAAUUGGCCGUCAGGGUCCUGACCUUAACCCCACUGAUAGUUUUUGGGAUGUGCUUCGACCUCUGCUUCAAUUCUCUCAAGUCAAGUCAAGAUCUCGGUGAAAAAUUCAUGCAACUCUGGAUGGAAAUAAAUAGUGUGAUAUUGCAUAAAGUUGUUGAUACAAUGCACACACCAGUGAAUACACACUAUAGUCAAGGUGGUGGUCCAGUGAAAUCAACUUUUUUUUUUUUUUGGGUGCGAGGACAGGACAGGAAGCAGCCCAAGUCAAACUGUAGUAAAAACACAUGAGAACUCAAUUCCUGGUUAAGUCAUAAAUGCUACCAUCCUCGAUAGUGUAUUUAUUCAUUAAAAUUGGGUUUGUCGUAACUGUGCAAUAAGCCUUAAAUAAAGCAGAAAUGUACAUAGUAUACAAUACUAAACAGUACAGAAGCGUUCCAGUUAAAUGUCAUGUUCCCUCUUUUCUCAGAGUUAUAAAUCCUAAAUAAAAUCUGUGAUUGGAUUAUGUAUUAAACAAAUUAAAGGAAUAGUUGAUGAGGCAAGACGUUUCCUUCUUGAUAUGCUUCUCAUAUAACACCGCCAUCAAGUAUCGCGAUUGUUUCCCGUUUUGAAAUAGACUUCCAUCUCCAGUGCAAACAUGUC